AUGGAGCCCGGUCCUUUCAACAAGUUACUGGAAGAAUACGGGCUCUCGCACGACGAGGCGUUCGCUAUCGCCAGAGUACUUGUGGCGACUGGCUCCCACGAUUCAGAACAAAUGUUUCUGGGCAAGAAAAUGCUGCUCACUCUGUCACGUGUUGGACACGCCUAUUCCACCAUGACCAUCGUCGCACAGGCCGUGUUGCAGGCCAAGAGGAAGCCGGGGGUUCUGAAGAGCUCGGAGAUCGCCUUCUCGCGAGCCCAUCUGAGACAACUCGUUUCCGAAGGUUCUAGUUACAAAGCCAUGGUAGUGGAAGGCAACGUCGCGAAUGCAGAGGGCGACGAAAAUCGUGCAAUCAGCCUAUGGACCCAGGCCAUGGCUGCCGCGGUUGAGGAAUCGGAGGCAGAGGCAAUGGCGCGGGGAAAGUCAGGCAACGCAAGAGACCCCAACAAUCCCACUCUCGCCGAAUAUCUCGUGUCCCAGCUUCAACUGUCUUCUCCAUGGAUCGAACUUUUGCUAGUCCAUAUGGACCGGAGCAAACGUCGAGGCUUGGAUUGGGCACAUGAAAUUGCCCAGUGCGAGUGGGCAAUGAGAAUUGGCUGUGAACAGAGCGAUCCUGACGCACAUUAUUAUGCCGCAACGUACAAUACCACACAAGAUGGAUACAGCAGCGAAUGGCUCUAUCACAUAACCAAAGCUGCAAGCUCUGGACAUUGGAAAGCUGCACAUGAGCUCGCCGAAUUUUACACCAAUACCGGGUGGAAGUACCUGGACGACGAGCCUCCCGAUGACAUGAAGCCCACACCAUUUGACUCGUAUCCCGCCGGCAGGCCUGCGUCAUGGUGGGAAAAAGCCCUUGAGUUCGUUGGACUAAAACAGACUUCAACUCGAGACUCGAAACGAGAUUUGUUCCACACAGCUGCCUAUCCUAGCAGCGACGCUGGUCGUUUUCGACUUGCUAUGAUGUGGCUUGAAGUCCCUUUGCGGCAACACUAUGCGCCAUCGUUCCUACACAAAGCGAAAAUGUGCAUGGAGAAAAGACUGUGGUCAAAGUCUAACACGCCAAAAUCAGCUUUGCAGCUCAGAGAUGAUCGCUAUGCGUACGCCUCACGCGAAGACUACGAGAAGGGCAAGCUCAUAGACGAGCGAUGGGAAUAUGAAUCUGAGGAUGAUCGAGAAGCACGUAAGCCAAGCCUUAAAACAUCCUCACCGGAGCCAGAGGGCGAGCCGAAUCCUUACUACGACCUUGAAGAGGCCAAGAAGGCUCUUCGGGAAGUCUUUUGGGCAUACCGAGCUCACGAGAUGGUCAAAAAGGACCUCGCGACAUACGAGUCCAGGCGUUUACGAGGCUUGUCGACCAAGGGCUUAGUUGAAGAGGACUUUUUGCAAGAGUCUCUCUAUCGACGGGCCCCGUUUCACGUGUGGAAGUGGCUUGUUUUCCCGGAAGUCAGGGACAAAUACUUACCUAUCAUUGAACGAAUAUACUCGGAAGCGAAGGGAAUUUGCGAUUCUGAGGGAUGGGAUCUGUACGAUGAGCAUAAUGCAUUGGUGUAUAAAGCGCGGCGCAAGUAA